CUCAAUAUCUAAUGUAACGACGAUACCUGUAUACUGUUCACAGAGCAAGAGAUCACAAUCAUCAAGGACUAAACACCAUUGAUGAUGGCUGACAAUAUACCUUCGUUAGAGUUCUUUGACCGCCAACAUGAUAUACAGAACAUGUUACUUGUAUCUGUGGUUACAUUGAUGUGUGUGUUUGGUUUAUUUGGAAAUGUCCACGUUGUCCUGGUCUAUACCUGUCGUUUGAAAACCAAGACCACAUUUAAAGGUUGUAUCGUGUGGCUGGCAGUCCUUGACCUUAUCAACUGUAUAAUUGUUAUGCCAAUGGACGUCACUUAUUUCAUGCAUCCGUAUUCUAACUUUAACAAAACCGAAUGUAAAAUGAGACAUUAUUUAGGACAACUGGUGACCUUCUCUGCUGUUGCUGUAACAUUGAUCAUUGCUAUUGAUCGAUAUAGGAAGGUGUGUAUGCCGACAUUUCGCCAGAUCCGUUACCGCGAAGGGCGGUUACUAUGCGGUGUCGUUGUCGUGAUAACGGGUUUAGCGCUGAUACCUGUGCCUUUCAUAAUGGGCAAGGAGAAAGUGGAGAACUUGUCUUACAAUAUUACUCUUCAUAAGUGCGGACUCGAUGUAUCAUUUACAGAUUCGGUUGUCCCCAAACUGGUAAUAUAUAUUUUUGUGAUUGUUCUUUAUGUGGCAUCCGCGGCUGUUGUUGUUAUCUAUUUUCGUCUUGGAAAGUAUCUUCGUCAACGAAAUACUAACCUCUAUAUUCCUUCUGCCAUUCGUCGACGAAUUUCUCGUAAAGAAACAUUUUCCAAAGCAGAUCUUCUAAAAAUGCAAGCCGAUCCUUCAUACCAUCCUCCUCCAUCUCCAUCGUCUUCGACAUCAUCGGACGAAAGCAACUUCGUGUCUGAAGCUCAGCUACGUAGUGUUUUCCAUACCAGAGAUAGCGAUGCACUGGAAUACCAGUUUGAUGUAACAUCGGUACAGAUGCCUGGCCGAACUUAUAGUGUGUCGGAUAUAGAUAGUGGCCUGGCCACUUGCAGUCAAAUUAGCAAAGAUAAACGUGAUGUCUCAAAUGCUCGGAAAAGAAAGGAUGCGAUCACUUCGAUUGCUUCAAUGCCUGACGAAGUGUGGCUGGACACUUUUGAUGGUCAAGAUUUGAUGGAUUCUAAUACUGAAAUGGAAAUUAAAGAUAAACAGAACCAUGAUAUGGGGUGUGAGGAAUUUUGCGUGGUAGAUAACAGAGAUAAUUUAUCUGAUACCUGUGGACAACAUGGGGACAAUGCUUAUGAUUUACGCACCACUGACAAAUAUUCUGAAGAAAUAACAACACUGACGAGAAAUCAAAUCGUCAGAAAACCACAAGCCCAACAAGAUGACAAAGGCAAACCGCAUGAGGGAUCAGGUCAUGCAUUGGAGACAACCUCAACUGAUCAAAGUGAGCAGCAACCACACAAUGGAAGACGACUGUCAGCUAAUACACGGAGCUGUAAUUCGGUAUUUUAUAAUAGAGUUUCUAGAAAUGUCAACCAAGAGUUAUUUCUAUCAGAAAAACGUGAGCGAAGACAACAUCGAAACAACACUGUCGUCAAGAUGUGUUAUAUAAUAGCAGUAGUGUGUUUACUGUGUCUUCUUCCAGCCACCAUAACAUUCCUACUGGCAUUCGCCAAGAUUGAUAAAAGGCAGUUUGGAUAUGUGUUUAUAAGGCUAGGCCAUAGAUCCCCGUACCUCCGAAGCUGUCUUAAUCCAUUCAUAUAUGGAUUUCUUGACACAAAAUUCAGACGCGCAUGCUUGGACGUGUAUGCUAUUCUGGCACAGAAAGUAUGUUGUCGUUCAAUCAAACCGAACCGAAAUCUCAGCCAUAGAUCUACAUACCGAACUCAUUUCACUAUCAAUAAUAUGGGUAUGAACUAAAGUUCACUCAAAAUGUAAACUGUCCUGAAUAAUGCCUAGGUUACAAGUUUCCUCGGUGAGUUUGUGGCCUUUACGAAUGGGUUGAUGGUGUGUUAAUGAUGGUUAACAUCGCGGACGUCAACACGCGGUCCACUUCUUGUUAGAGCUCUAAAGAAUUCAUUUCUUUAUUGUUUAUCGAUAAGAAAAUGGAUUUUCACAUUGCUAGAAUUAAUGUUACUGCUUCUUUGUUUAUAAUUCUCAACACAUUUAGCGGGGCGAGGGAUAUUUAUAAAAAGAGGAGCCUUUUGGUUGCUAUGUUGCAUGAUGAUUUGAUAGCAACUUUGGUAAUGAUUUUUUCUUUAUUGGUGGUAACUAUGAUAGUGAACAGUUCAUUUAUUGGUGGUAACUAUGAUAGUGAACAGUUCCUUUAUUGGUGGUAACUAUGAUAGUGAACAGUUCCUUUAUUGGUGGUAACUUUGAUAGUGAACAGUUCCUUUAUUGGUGGUAACUUUGAUAGUGAACAGUUUCUCUAUGCGUGGUAACUUUGAUAGUGAAUUGUUCCUUUAUGCGUGGUAACUUUGAUAGUGAACAGUUCGUUUAUUGGUGGUAACUUUGAUAGUGAACAGUUCCUUUCUUGGUGGUAUCUAUGAGUUCCUUUAUGGGUGGUAACUUUGAUAGUGAACAGUUCCUUUAUUGGUGGUAACUUUGAUAGUGAAUUGUUCCUUUAUUGGUGGUAACUAUGAUAGUGAACAGUUCCUUUAUUGGUGGUAACGUUGAUAGUGAAUUGUUCCUUUAUUGGUGGUAACUAUGAUAGUGAACAGUUCC